AUGCGGGUCGGAAGCUCCUCGCCCCACCCGCCGCUGCUGGCGGCUUUCUUGAAGUAUGCCUUCUUGCCCACACCGAUGCCAGGGCACUGGUCCUGGCAUGGGCGAACUGCACUGGCAGCGCUUCGGGGAAUGCUCUUGCUGUCCGUGGCCCCGAUGUGCUUGAGCUUCGCGCUCGGCGGAGCUCUCUCCGUGGCACACUUCUCGGCCAAAGUGAAUGAGGUGCGCGCUUUGGAGUUCGAGCGGGCUGGGCAAAAUCGGUGGUUCCUGCGCCUCCUGCAGGUCUGCAGUGCGGUGACUGGCAUGUCCAGCUUCGUCCUGUUCCUUCGGCUCUGCCUGGAUCAGAAGGAGCGAGUUGGGAAGUGA